AUGCCUUUCUCCUUCAUCGUCAUCUUCAUAGGAUUGAACAUCUCCAUUCAGUUUAGUCAAAUCUCGGUAUGUAAUCCCUUCUAUGCCUUGACUAAAAGUACCCGUGUCGCACGGAAAUUGAUCGCGCCGAAAGGCGAUUCGGUUGAAAUCAUCCUCCGUUACAGAGUUUACAGAGUCACAAGCGGUACAUGUACUGCAUAUCGAUAUCUCAGUACAUGGAGUUCAAAGAUUGUUAGGCAAGAGCAAGAGCAAAAGUGCGCAUCCAUAUUGACCAAACUAGAAUAUCCUAUAGCAGAAUGGCCAAUCGCUCAAGCUGGUACCAAAGGAGUCAUCAAAGAUCACUGCAGGAAGAGUUUCUGA